ACAUUCAACGAACUUUUCAACUCUCAAAGGACUGAAGCUGACAUUCUUAGCAUCGUGUCCAAGGCUGAAGAGUUUGAACAGCUCAAGGUUCGUGAUGAGGAGUUGGAGGAACUGGACCAGUUGCUUUGUAACUACUGCGAGCUGCCAGCUGCCGGCGGGGUGGAAAAUGGUUACGGCAAAGUUAACAUCUUACUGCAGACGUACAUUGGUCGAGGAGAGGUGGAUAGCUUCUCGCUCAUCUCCGACCUGUCGUAUGUGGCCCAGAAUGCUGCUCGGAUUAUGCGGGCUCUGUUUGAAGUCGCUCUGAGGAAGCGCUGGCCUGCCAUGACCUACCGACUGCUCACCCUGUGUAAGGUGAUCGACAAGAGGCUGUGGGGAUUCGCCCACCCUCUCCGCCAGUUCCCUCAACUGAGCCACGUGGUCCUGGGUCGCCUGGAGGAGAAGAGGCUCACUGUGGACAAACUGAAGGAGAUGAGGAAAGACGAGAUUGGUCACAUGCUGCAUCACGUUAACAUUGGACUGACUGUCAAACAGUGUGCACACCAGAUUCCUUCAAUCACAAUGGAGGCUAGCAUCCAACCAAUCACACGCACUGUCUUACGAGUUCGUCUUGUCGUCACACCUGAUUUUUCCUGGAAUGACCAGGUCCACGGAUCAGUGGGUGAGCCAUGGUGGUUGUGGGUGGAGGACCCUAUCAAUGACCACAUCUACCACUCUGAGUACUUCCUCCUGCAGAAGAAACAGGUGCUUUCUGGAGAGCCUCAGCACAUUGUAUUCACUAUCCCCAUCUUCGAGCCAUUACCCUCCCAGUACUACAUUAAGGCCGUGUCAGACCGCUGGCUUGGGGCAGAGGCUGUCUGUAUCAUCAACUUCCAGAACCUGAUUUUACCUGAGAGGCACCCCCCACACACUGAACUUCUGGACCUACAGCCAUUACCGGUGACGGCUCUGGGGAACCUGGAAUAUGAGAGCCUGUUUAAGUUCACGCACUUCAACCCCAUCCAGACACAGAUUUUUCACACUCUAUACCACACGGAUACCAACGUCUUGCUGGGGGCACCAACAGGCUCCGGGAAAACCAUUGCAGCCGAGUUGGCCAUGUUCCGGGUCUUUAACAAGUAUCCAUCCGCUAAG